AUGCCCUUCACUAAUGGGGAGGGCAACAUGCUCCAUCUCAACCACGAACAAUUUGACUUCAACCCUCAAUUUGAGAGUCUCUUCUUCUCGAUUAUUCCCUCCAUCUUGUUUAUUCCAUCGUCGCUAUGGCGAACUGUGGCACGGAUACGCAAGCCUGUUGUGGUGAAUGCGCCCAUCUUGCAAUUCAUCAAAACAGGUGCCAUCGUAAUUUACGCUGGCUUGGAACUUGCACUCCUUAUACUAGCCGCGGUCGGGUGCUUUAGCAUUAGCCGCAUGUUGACCGCUUCCUCCGUCCUGCAGCUUAUAUCGGCCCUUUUCAUGCUGACGGUAAGUGUGGUGGAUCACAGCCGCAGCCCUAGACCAUCGAUGCUGCUUAACAGCUACUUGUUUCUCACCCUUCUCCUCGAUAUCGCCCGAGCAAGAACGCUGUUCCUGUCGUCAGACCAUGGUUCCGAGAUCGUGUACAGCAGUAUAUUCUGUGCAUCGGUCGGGCUGAAGACGGCCAUCUUGUUACUAGAGGCCUGCCAAAAAGCAAGGUGGGUGACCUGGGACGCAACGAAACACAGCCCCGAGGAGACGAGCGGAAUAUUUUCGCUAGGCGUCUUCUUCUGGCUGAAUAAGCUCUUCUUGGCUGGCUAUAGACAUACCUUCACAAUCGAAAGCCUCUACCCCCUCGACAGCACCUUCGACGCACAAGCCCUGCAUGAGGAAUUCGCGAAGAACAUGGACUACACAAAGCUGAAGGGAGAUACAUUCGGCCUUCUGAAGGUGCUAGUACGUACACUGUGGGUGCAACUACUCCUACCUAUUCCUCCGAGGGCGGCUUUGAUUGCGUUCUACAUCUGCCAACCUCUCUUCAUCGAGAGUCUCGUCACGUAUCUGUCUCAUUCAGAGCCAGAUCCAAAUGUGGGAUAUGGGCUAAUCGGCGCUGCCAUACUCAUCUACUCGGGGAUUGGAAUCUCCUAUGCCUUGUACUGGUACUGCCACCACCGACUGCGGACGAUGGUCCGCUCCAUUCUAGUCACUGAGACGUUUAAAGCCGCUACAAGAAUCCGGCUGGGAUCAGGCGAUGAUAGCGCUGCGCUGACACUCAUGAGCACCGACAUGGAGCGCAUCAGAAUGGGUCUCCGCUUCGUGCACGAGACGUGGGCGAGCGUGAUCCAGGCGGGCCUCGCCGCCUGGAUGCUCUAUCGGCAACUCGGGGUCGUGUUCGUUGCCCCCGUGGGUGUGGUGGUAGUUUGCUUCGUUGGCUUAGGGAUCCUGAUCAACUUCACCGGUGACUCGCAACGAUCCUGGAUGUCCGGGGUCCAGAAACGGGUCGGGCUCACAGCCACCGUCAUCGCCAGCAUGAAGUCGCUCAAGAUAUCCGGUCUCACUGGUCCCGUGGCCGAGUACGUCCAGCAGUUGCGUGUCGACGAACUCGCUGCUGGCGCCCGAUACCGCAGGAUUAUGAUCACCGCCGCCGUCUUCGCAUUCAUGCCUCAGUUGAUCAGCCCUCCGCUGACCUUCGCUUUCGCCCAGACCACACUGAAUGCUUCGACCAUGUUUACCAGUCUUUCGUUCCUGACUCUGUUGACUCAGCCGCUGUCGCAGCUUUUCCAGUCGAUCCCAGAGCUCGUUUCGGGCCUGGCCUGCUUGGGUCGGAUUCAGGCAUUUUUGGAAUUGGAGCCUCAUCAGGACUAUCGGCAGCCCCUGGUCGAAGCCCAGAGUUGCGGCAUGGAGAAGAGUUCAAAGCAGUUUAACCUAAAACCUACGAAUUGCAUCGUCAUCCGAGACGCAAACUUCGGAUGGAAAGCAGACAAAUUCGUCCUGAACAAUAUCAACACUCAAAUCCCCGCCUCGUCCCUGACGAUGGUCAUCGGUCCCGUCGGCUCAGGCAAAUCAACAUUCUGCAAGGCCCUUCUAGGCGAAAUUCCUUUCAGCCACGGCAGCGUCGUGAUGAGCGCUUCCCCCCGUCACGUCGGUUUCUGCGAACAAACUGCCUUUCUCUGGAACGGUACGAUCAGAGAGAACAUCGUGGGAUUCACCCCCUUUGACCGCGAGCGGUAUGACCAAGUCAUUGAAGCCACUUCCCUGCGCUUCGACCUCGCCACCCUAUCCCAGGGAGACCAGACGAAUAUCGGGUCGGAUGGUGUAGCGUUGUCGGGCGGGCAGAAGCAGCGUCUGUCUCUUGCCCGAGCACUAUAUCUACCUUCAGACUUUUUGAUCCUGGACGAUGUGUUCAGCGGGUUGGACGCUGAUACCGAGGAGCAAGUCUUUCGGCAGGUCUUUGGACCGGAUGGUCUCCUGCGACAACGGGGGUCGACGGUGGUUCUGUGCACACAUAGUGUCAGGCAUCUCCCGACUGCGGACUACAUCAUCACGCUCGAAAACGGUAGCGUUGCAGAGCAGGGCACCUUUGUCCAUUUGUCGACCCGUGCGGGUUAUGUUCAGCGUCUGGAGCUGGGACUAAAGCAGGAGGGCGAGGAUACUACUGCUGACGAUGAGCCUGGUCCUUGUCCCGAACACAAGGGCCAGACUGGGGAUGGCAAGAAACUCGAACCUGCGAUCAUUGUUAACAGCACGCAAUCAUCCACCCCAAUUGCCCCAACGGUGGCCGCAGCCCGGCAGGUCGGUGACGCCACCGUCUAUAAGCUGUAUAUCAGAAGCAUGGGAUGGUUUGUGGCGGCUUGUAGUCUGUUCUUUGCGGCCCUCUGGGGUCUGUUCACCAAUUACCCAACCAUCUGGCUCACAUACUGGAGUGACGCCACCGAGUCCGUCCAUCCUGCGCACUCCAAAUCCUACUACGCGGGGAUCUAUGCCCUCCUGCAGAUCUGCGCCAUCAUCGCCCUCCUCCUCCUGGGGAUAACGCUCUUCAUCGUCUCUGUGAAGAAAGCCGGCGCCAAUCUCCACCAGCAGGCCUUACGCACCCUGGUUCGUGCACCACUCUCCUUCUUCACGAAUACAGACACCGGGGUGGUCACGAACCUCUUCUCCCAGGAUCUCAACCUCAUCGACACUGAACUCCCGGAGGCUACCCUCAACACCCUCUUUUGCGUAUUUCAGUCGAUCGGCCAGGCAGUUGUGAUGCUCACCUCCUCCGUCUACCUGGCCAUCAGCUACCCGAUCCUGGGGGCCUUGCUCUACUUUGUGCAGAAAUACUACCUCCGCACGUCGCGGCAGCUGCGAUUGCUCGACCUGGAGGCCAAGAGUCCGCUCUACACGCAUUUCCUCGACACGCUCAAGGGGAUCGCCACGCUGCGCGCCUUCGGGUUCAUCCCGGAUGAUAUACACAAGAACGCCCGUCUCGUGGACUCCAGCCAGCGCGCGGCGUAUCUCCUCCUCAUGAUCCAGGAGUGGCUGAACCUGGUCCUCAACCUCGUCGUGAUGGUCAUCGCGGCGGUCUUGACGACGCUGGCCGUCCGGCUGCAUUCGAACUCGGCCUUCGCCGGUGCAUCACUGUACUCGCUGAUGACCUUCGGCGAGAGCCUCUCCGGGAUCGUGAUUUACUACACCAGACUGGAGACCUCCAUCGGCGCGAUCGCGAGACUGAAAACCUUCAAUGAGACCGUCACGCCGGAGGACCGCGACGGUCCUGGAGAGGAGGACAUCGUCCCAGACACGAACUGGCCGGAUCGCGGGCUGGUCGAGUUGCGCGGUGUAUCCGCGCGGUACAAAUCCACCACCGUGUCUGAAUCUGACUCUGAAUCCGACUCUAACUCCGUCGCCUCUGGCGCCACCAAGCCGCCCCUAGCCCUCAAGAACAUCACUCUAACCAUCCACCCGGGGGAAAAGGUCGCCAUCUGCGGCCGCACCGGCAGCGGUAAAUCCAGCUUCCUCGCUCUCCUGCUGAAGCUCCUCGAUCCGCUGCCUUCAACCGACAACAGUCAUGACCAGGACCCUCCGGUCUUGAUCGACAACAUCCCGCUGCACCGCAUCCACCGCGCGACCCUCCGCCAACGCCUCAUCGCCGUCCCCCAGGACCCCGUCUUCCUGCCUGACGGCUCGUCCUUCCGCGCGAACCUUGAUCCGACCGACACCGCGACCCCGGCGGAGUGCCAGCGGGUCCUCGAAGCGGUUCGGUUGUGGGGGUUUGUUCAGGAACGGGCGGAGGGGCUGCAUGCGCCCGUCACGGCAGGGACCUUGAGUGCCGGGCAGAGGCAGCUGUUCUCGCUGGGGCGGGCGGUGCUCCGUGCUAUGCUUCGCGUUCGUUCAAGGUCUUCCUCGCCCGAGGAGGGGUCCGACAAUCAAGUUCAAGGGGGGAUCCUCCUCCUCGACGAAGCCAGCUCCAGUGUGGACCGGGAAACCGAGCGGAUGAUGCAGGAGAUCAUUCGGGCGGAGUUCAGACACUACACGAUCAUCGCGGUGAGUCAUCGGCUGGAGAUGAUCAUGGACUUCGAUCGGGUGGUGGUGAUGGAUCGCGGGGAGGUGGUGGAGGUUGGGAAUCCAGUGGCCUUGAAAGGGGGGGCUGGGAGUCGGUUUGGGGAGUUGGUGGCCGCUGCUGGUGCGUAA